AUGUCGUCCUGCAGCCGCGUGGCCCUGGUGACCGGGGCCAACAAGGGCAUCGGGCUCGCCAUCACGCGUGAGCUGUGCCGGAAGUUCUCCGGGGACGUGGUGCUCACGGCGCGGGACGAGGCUCGGGGCCGGGCCGCGGUGCAGCAGCUGCAGGCCGAGGGCCUGAGCCCGCGCUUCCACCCGCUGGACAUCGACGACCUGCGGAGCAUCCGCGCGCUGCGAGACUUCCUGCGCAGGGAGUACGGGGGACUCAACGUGCUGGUCAACAACGCGGGCAUCGCCUUUAAAGUGGAUGACCCUACAUCCUUCGAUAUUCAAGCCGAGAUCACGCUGAAGACAAACUUUUUUGGCACUAGAAACAUGUGCACGGAGUUACUGCCCAUAAUGAAACCACACGGGAGAGUGGUGAACAUCAGUAGUCUACAGGGUUCAAAAGCUCUGGAGAGCUGCAGCGAAGAUCUGCAGGAAAAGUUCCGAUGUGAGUCACUGUCAGAGGGGGACCUGGUGGACCUCAUGAAAAAGUUUGUGGAGGACACAAGAAAUGAGGUGCACGAGAGGGAAGGCUGGCCCGACUCGGCUUAUGGGGUAUCCAAGUUGGGGGUCACCGUCUUGACCAGAAUCCUGGCCCGGCAGCUGGAUGAGAAGAGGAAAGUUGACAGGAUUCUGCUCAAUGCCUGCUGCCCUGGGUGGGUAAAGACUGACAUGGCUGGAGAUCAAGGCUCCAGGACUGUGGAGGAGGGAGCCGAGACCCCCGUCUAUCUGGCCCUCCUGCCUCCAGAUGCCACUGAGCCUCAAGGCCAGCUAGUUUAUGACAAAGUUGUGCAAACUUGGUGAACAUUGCCUUUGGAGCUUCAUGUUUAAUAAAGGUUGGUGGGAGAAA